AUGUUUACCAUCGGCUUUGCAACACGCGAAUACGGCGCGUUUAAUUACAUGGACAGCGAUGCCAAUCUCGCCGUCUAUAUCGUUAGCACUUGCAUGAUCUACAUGGCUCCCCCUAUCCUCGAACUAGCCAAUUACCAUAUCCUCGGACACGUACUAUACUAUAUCCCCUAUCACUCCCCGAUGCAUCCUGGCCGCGUCUUCACUACCUUCGGUAUGCUAUCCACCAUUGUGGAAGUCAUGAACGCCCUGGGCGUAUCCAACCUAGCCAAUCAUAAACUGCCAGAAUCCCGUCGAAAGACAGGGGAAAUACUCAUGAAAGCAUCGUUGAUCGUCCAGGUAGGUGUUCUACUGCUUUUCUGCGUCCUGGCUGCUAUAUUCCAACGCCGUUGCGUUAGAGAUGGAAUUUGGACAAGACGCGUGUCAGUCCCGCUUUGGACGCUGUAUAUCAGUACCUUUUUGAUCUUGAUUCGCUGUGUUUAUCGCAUCGUGGAACAUUUCGGGUUCUCGUCGCUUGGGCCUGAGAGCUUGAAGGAUGGUGAGGAGAUCAGUUAUAUUCUGCGUUAUGAGUGGUUUUUCUAUGUUUUUGAGGCGGCUGUCAUGCUGGUUAAUACACUCAUGUGGAAUCUGUGGCAUCCCAGACGAUAUCUCCCCCAACAUAAGAGUACAUAUCUAGCGCAGGACGGGAUCACGGAAUUGGAGGGUCCGGGGUGGAAGGAUAAUCGACCGUGGUUGGUGACGCUGAUUGAUCCGUUCGGAUGGUUGGAUUCGAAGGAUGAUAAGCCGCCGUUCUGGGAGACGAAUGGAUAUGCAAAGGUAUAUAAUGAGCAUUUUUAA